AUGAGUAUCUAUUUAAGUAUACGACUAUUGAUUUGCAUGGUGGUAUUCUUACCAUCAUGUUGUAGAGGAUUAGAAGAUCCUUGUAUGGCUCCAGAUCGUCAUAUUCUUGAUUUGUGUGAACAAACUUUGGAUAUAAACUCAACAAACUGGUACCAACAUCUCAAAAUUACCGAGGUGAACGAAGAAAUUCGAAAAAUUGUUAAUAAAUUUGAUAAACGGAAUCCUUCGGAGGAUAAGUUAUCGGAAAUAAAUGGUUUAAUAAUUGGAAGUCCGUUUCAUGGACAACUGAUUGAUUCACAGCCUUCUAAACAUGGACAUUUAGCAUCUCGGAAUGCUGAAAUUAUUAUUGAAGUUACACGCAGUUUAAAGAAUACAUAUUGUCUGAAACAUGGGUUAAGUGAUAUACAAUGUACCAAAGACUUAUCUAAUGUGAAACUAACCAGGACAACUUUGAGCGAGAUGUGUUCACCAGAGGAUUAUUUCGACACUUUAUGCAUACAGAAGUACUUUAUUUAUCGCAGUGCUGACGGUUCAUGUAACAAUUUGAGACGAUCUCCUUUGGGAAAGGCAACCUCGCCUUAUAAACGUUUGCUGUUUCCARUCUACACAGAUGGUAUUUACAAUAUGUCAGAAAAACUGCCCAAUCCUAGACUACUGAGCACAAAUCUUGUCAACGACGAAAACUUGACUGACGACGCAAAAACGAUGGUUAUGGCGUAUUGGACACUUUUCAUAGGUCACGAUCUAGCACACACGGCAAUUUCCACCAUGGGGAAUAAUAGGUUUGUUAAAUGUUGUUAUACUGAUGGAAGUAUGCAAUAUAAAUUGAACAAACAUUUAAGAUCGUGCAAGCCCAUUUCGAUACCGAAUGAUGAUAGAUUUUUUAAACCAGGACCUCACAGGUGCAUGAACUACGUGCGUUCGCGACCAUCGGUGCACUCCAGUUGCACAUUUGGACCUAUGGAACAAAUGAACCAAGCUACUCAUUACUUAGAUGGGUCAAUGAUAUACGGUUCAUCGGAACAACAGACGUUGUCGUUGAGAAAAAUGUCGGGUGGUGAACUUUUAACGAACUCAAUCAAUACCGACCAGAGGUAUAUGCCACUGGAAACCACCGAAACGGACGCGUGCCAGCAUGACAAUGGCACGUGUUUCAGAGCUGGCGAUAUCCGGGCAAAUGCUUUUCCCCAAUUGGCGGUUAUGCACACACUGUGGGUGAGGGAACAUAAUCGGAUAGCCAGGGGACUGGCCUAUUUCAAUUCGCACUGGAAUGACGAACGCAUUUUCAUGGAGUCCAAGAAAAUUGUAACGGCGUUCAUACAGCAUAUCACGUACAAAGAGUGGUUGCCGGCGCUACUCGGCGUAAACUACACCCAAAACAACGGGUUAGGACUGUUGGAGGUUGAAUACAGCAACACGUACAACGAGACUGCCGACCCGACUGUUAGCAAUAGCUUUGCGACCGCAAUACUGCCAUUUGCCAAUUCUAUGCUCAGCGAAACUAUUAGUCUAUACAGGGAAAACCGAAUGAGGUAUGCAAGUCUUUCGUUAAAGAAUCAUUUCAACCGUCCAGUUUAUGUACUGAUUACCUACAUGGAUCAACUUGUUAGAGGACUGACCACUCAGAAUACACAAAAAGUCGAUAUGCUAUUUACACAAACGUUAACAAAUCAUUUGUAUAGUAAAGAUUCAAGGAAUUGGAUAGGAAUGGACAUUUUUAGCUUAGAUAUACAACGGAGCCGUGAUCACGGUAUUCCAAGCUACACAAAAUUUAGAAAAUUUUGUGGAUUAAAAGACAUAAAAAAUGUACAAGAUUUGUCCGAGAUUAUGAUGAAUGGUGUAACCCAUAAAUUAUUGAAUCUAUACACAACUUGGGACGAUAUAGAUCUAUUGGUAGGUGCUUUKUCAGAAAAACACGUUGACGACGCAAUGGUUGGCCCAACAAUGAGGUGUAUUAUUAGAGAACAGUUUGUAAGAACUAAAACUGCAGAUAGAUUUUUUUAUGACUUACCAGGAGUAUUCACUUUAGAUCAAUUGAAAGAAAUAAGAAAAAUGACUCUUGCCAGAAUCAUUUGUAAUAACAGUAAUAAUGUCACAAUGAUACAGAAACAAGCAUUUUUGAAACUGAGUCCAGCUAAUGAUUUGCGGCUUUGUAAUACCGAAAUAAUUCCGACGACCUUCAUCAAUCGUUGGUCAGAAUUGGUCACAGUAGAUCCAAAAUCAUCUCGUAUAAAACAUUGA